AAAUGUCAGAUAAAUUGAAGAAAAGUGUUCUCAGAGGAUGUUUAGAUCAUCUUCCCACCUUAAACUCCAGAGUUGUACGGAUCUUCAUCAGCUCCACAUUUACAGACACAAGAGAAGAAAGAAAUAUUCUUAUUGAAGAAGUAUAUCCCAGACUGCAGUCCUACUGUAAACAAAACUAUGGGUUGGAAUUUCAGGUUGUGGACAUGAGAUGGGGAGUUCCUGAGGAAGCCUCAGACGAUCAUUCUACCUCCGCCCUUUGUCUGGCCGAAGUUCUUAAUUGUCAGAAACUGUCAACAGGCCCAAACUUUGUGACAUUUCUGAAUCAGCGACAUGGAUACAGGGCUUUGCAGACAGUUAUUACAUGGGAGGAGUUUACCCAGCUGAUGGAGGCUUUGAGGACUAUGGGAGAGGACCUUUCCUCAUUUAAUAUCUGGUACAAGGAGGACACAAAUUCCAUUCCUCCCGUAUUUGUCCUCCAGCAAAUCAGCAGUAUCAUCCCUAAUUACAAAAUAAAGGACCCUGAAGCCAUGAGGAACUGGGAGAGAGUGGCAGAGGAAAUGCGGGAUAAGUUACAGAAAGCCAGUCAGCAUUGUUUUGAGGAAGGAAAAAUGACAGAAGAGGAAAAACACAAGUACUUCAUGUCAGUGACAGAAGAAGAAAUAGAGCAGGGAAUCCUAAAGUCUCCCGGGAACCCUGUCGACCACUGCCUAUGUUUUGUGAGGAUUAUUGAGGACAUUGACAAGAAUCUGGGUCAUUCUAAAGCUUGGAGGUAUAUUGAUAUGACUGGUAGUACUAUAAAUCAGGAGGCACAGAAACUACUGAACCAGCUGAGGGAGGACAAGCUUCCGAAAGUCGUCAGCAAAGACAAGAUACAAAGAUCACUAGUGAGGUGGAGUGACAAAGAGGGAAUAAAUAGGGAGGACCACAAAGGAUACCUCACAAAUUUUGCUGAGCAGUUUUAUGGGGGCAUUAAAAGUCUGCUAGACAAAUCUGUAUCCAUGGAAAGUGAACUGUCAAAAGACAACCUGUACAUUGAGGUAUUACAACACCUGACCAUGGCUAAAGAGAGAUGUGCCAUGUUCCAUGGUCGACAGGAAAUCCUAGACAAAAUUUCCAGCUAUUUAAGAGAGGGAGAGAAGGAACCUUUCACAAUAUAUGGUCCCUCAGGCAGUGGGAAAACAUCCAUCAUUGCAGAGGCUGCAAGAAGGGUGCCAUUUGAGUAUCAUAAAGAAGCAGUGGUGAUUCUGAGGUUCUUAGGAACCUCACCAGACAGCAGUAAUCUUCGUCGUCUGCUUCGCAGUCUCUGCAGCCAGAUUUUGUACAAUGUGACAGGAAGUGCCGAGAAUGUUCCAGAAGAGUUUGAUGAAUUGGUGAUUCUUUUCCAAGGUCUAUUGGAGGAAUACAAGUCAGACAGACCACUAGUUAUUCUCCUGGACUCACUGGAUCAACUCACUGAAGACCAUGCCGCAUACAAACUCAGAUGGCUGCCCAGGAAACUCAAGUCUAAUGUCCGGAUCGUGUUGUCUUCUUACAUUGAGACUUUAGAAAUAGUAACUAAUUUGAAAGCUUUGUUCAGUCCUAAAAGUUUCAUUAUUGUUCCAGUUUUAGGAGAGGAUCUUGGAUUUCAAAUUCUGAAAGUUUGGUUAGAAGCGAGCAAUAGAACAUUGACGUCAGAACAGUUUGAUAUUGUCCACAAGGCUUUUCAAGUUUGUAGUCUCCCUCUUUUUGUAAAGCUAGUCUUUGAGAAUAUUCUGGUGUGGAAGUCAUAUACCCCUCCUGAUAAAUGUGUCCUACAAACUACUUUACAAGAAAGUAUAUCCUCAUUAUUUGGACAUUUGGAGAACAAACACGGAAGGAUGUUUGUGGAGAGGUCCUUUGCUUACCUGACGGCUUCUUCAUCAGGUCUCAGUGAACUGGAGUUUGAAGAUGUCAUGUCAAUAGAUGACACACUGCUUACAGAGGUUUUCAAAUUUCAGCUUCCUCCAGUCAGAAGAAUCCCCUCCCUGCUGUGGGUGAGACUGAAAUAUGAUGUCCAGAAGUAUAUUGUAGAUAAAGAGGUGGAUGAGACCAGAGUGACAUUUUGGUAUCACAGACAAUUCAUCGAAGCCAGUCAGGAGCGCUAUUUAAAAAAUGCAGCCUUUGCGGCUGAGAUUCACUCCAAUCUAGCGGAUUAUUUCCUCGGAAAAUGGUACAAUGUGCCAAAACCAUUCAAAUAUACUGCAGAACAAGUCAAGAAGUAUAGCCUCUCUUCAGUUGAUUCUGCAGCAGACAGGAAAAUAGCUGACCAACCAAUCAAGUUUGUUUAUACAGAUCAAGGCGGAAGAUCACAAAUUAGGUUUAACAAAAGAAAACUGAACAAACUGCCAUUUCAUUUGGCAAAAGCAGACAGAGAAAUAGAAUUAAAUAACAUUUGUCUGUACAAUUAUCAUUUUGUAAUUGCAAAAAUCAAGGCUACAUCAGUGAUACAAGUUCUGAGUGAUUUUAUAUAUACCAAAACUAAUAGGUCUAGUGUCUUAGAAAAAGUGUUAAAGUCUUGUCAGUCUAGUCUGCAAAAGUACCCCGAUUCCCUGGCAUUUGAAGUAUGUGGACACAUGCUGUCUUAUCUGACUGAGAGAAGAUCCAGUCCUGAAAAAACUCUGGUGACGGAAUGUUUGAAAGUUUCAGAGGAACAAAAGAAGCCUAUUCCUUUCAUGAUGUGUUACAAUGUCCCAAGUGAAGCCCUGUUGUACAAGCUUGAGAAUCAAAAGCUUCCAUAUGGUAACACACAUGUAGCAGUAUCUACUGAUGGCAAACAUCUUGUCGCCCUAGCAGAAAAGAACCUUGUGUUUUUCUGGGAUUUGACCAUUGGAGAACUUGAAUGUGAGCUACAAGCUUUUAAUCCAGAUGAAUGCAAACUGAAUACUAUGGGCUUCAAAAGCAGUGACAAUGUGGUGUAUUUUUCAUCAACAUAUCAAAAAUCAGUGCAUCCUUUUAUCAUAGUGAAUAUACAGACAUCAGAGAUUAAGAAAUCUUUGAUUCUUGGGAAAAAUUACCCUGCUGUUGGAAUGGCUGAUUCUCUCAAACAUGCCUUGACUAAUCAGAGGAUAUUUAGUCUUCAUAAAGGUCAUUCUGCAGAUGUCUUCAAUUCAGAGACUGGUCAGCAUGAACACAACUUUGGUAUUUCUGCAGACGACAUGCUUAUAUCCCCAGAAGAAAAGCUUGUAGCAUUUCAUCUGAAAUCCACAACCACUUACGUUACCUACAGUGUUAAGAAUUUGGAUGAACUCCACAGACUUGAAGUGGCUGGUCCACCUCUGUCCCUCUGUCUUUCCCCUACAACUAAUGAGGCCUUUGUUUUGUUGAAAGAUACAGGUCAGGUUCACAUGGUAAACACAAACAAAGAUGAUGGCACUGUUGGUCAGGUCCUCAGUGAAAUCAAGUCACCAGAUGGUCAAAAAAUUCAAGAGGCCAUGAUGUCUUCCAGUGGUAACUUUCUGAUUCUGAGGACAGAUGAGGGAUUUUUCUCCUGGAAUUACAAAUCAAACAAACUUCACAAAGAAUUCAAAAUUCCAAAUGCUCUUAAACCAGAACAUCGAGUUUUAGAUAUGUUUGGAAUUCUACUGCCUGAUGAUAAAACUUUCAUUGUUGGAUAUGAAGGUCAUCUUAUUUUGUGGGAUGUUGCAAAAGGUCGAAUUAAAGCAAGCAUAGAGGCCAGUAAGUCAAAACUAAGCUAUUUAAUCAUCAACAAUGCUAGAAGUCUUGCAGUAACUACCUCAAAAAGGAACAAUUCAGUCCAGGUGUGGAAUCUAAAUGCCAUGGAAACAACUGACUCAAAGUUUCAACCUUUGACAAUGAAGACAAGUCCAAGGUAUAUUGAUGUAUGCAAGACGGGCGAAUUAGCAGUAGUAAGGGGAAACUCUGCUAAUGAUGUGUCCAUUGUGGAUCUGGUUAAUGGGCGAGUCAAGAUGAAUAUAUCUGAAGUGUAUGACAUUAUGCGACCAGUGAUUUCUCCUGAUGGAGCUCAUGCUGUUUUGCGGGAAUAUGAUGGGGAUAGUGUUAUUAAAAUAUGGGACACUGCAACUGGAAAUCUUGUAUGUUCUCUUCCAUUGAGCAGUUUGUUGGUGAAACAUUUCAAAUGUUCUAAUUCCAGAGUAUUGGUGAAAUGUCAGGAUAAAAAUGACUCUACAUUCAGUUUCUGGGACAUCAAAACAGGAGAGAAUCUAUAUUCCUUUAGUAUGGAUUAUGUUAAUAUUGGGGAAAUCAUUCUGGAAAUGACACAUUCCGAUGACGAAAUUUUGGUUUCUAGAAAUCAGAAAGGUGAAGAUGUAGGAGCUUGUGAUCUAUUGCUGAUAAACGUUUGCUCUGGUGAGGAACUUUUCACCUUGCCAGGUGUCAAUCCAUCUAGAAUUCAGCCAGUUGGAGACAGUGGGUACCUGUUUCUAACAGAACAGGUCGAAGGUCAAAUGCAAUAUCUCAUCAUCUUGGACACAAAAACCAGGAAAAUUGUUAAAAAAGAGAAAGUAACCCCAAUGCCCCAGUCGUUUCUGAGUCUUGAUGCUGCAGGGCAUUAUGGGAUUGACAGAGGAUUGAAUUUGUAUGACUUGAAAACGCUAAAACAUAUACAUCAGUUUGAUAUAGAAGAAAAGGAGGUAAUGCAGAAAAAUGUCAAAACCAAAGCCACGGCUCCCAAAAUGAUGCCUAAUGGUCAGGUCGCUGUGUGGUUAAAUAUUCGGGGAGGGUUACUAAAAGUGGGAAGUAUCAAGGACAAAAUAGUCCUGAGCGUGUUUCCCGUACAUAGCAUUCCUAUAAAUUUAGAUGUGUCUGCAAAGGGACUGAUAAUUGUUGGGUGUGAAGAUGGGAGAAUUAUGCUGCUUCAGUUGCCAGACUAUGCUGAAUCCAAGGACAGGCUCACUGUGUUUAUAAGUGAAGUGUCACAGAGAUUAAUCAGACUUUCCAAGGACGUGUACUCUGGUAUGACUAAAAGGAGCAACAAACCUCAAGGACAGCAAAACAAGAAAUCUAGUGUAUGUGCAAUAGCAUAAAGGUUUAAUGAAGUUCAUUAUUGGUAUG